AAAAACAGUAAUAUGUAUAAUAAAUGUUUUGUAUUUCAGUUCAUCAUCAUCAAGUAGUCAUGUAUAGUCCCGUGUUGCUUCUCUUCAUAUGCGCCGCUGCGUUGGCAUUUGACGAUAUGGGACUAAAACCGUCGCCUAAACGACCACCGCAGUACUUCCAAGCGUUGAACUUGGUCAGGAAGGCCGAAAGAUUGCUGGAGGCGCACCAGACUAAUGUAAAACUGCCCGUGUACCAUAGUCACCGCCAAUAUGCUCUGCUAGUAGGCGUAAUGGACGAUGCAGCUAAAUCGGUAGCAGCGAAGUGUACUCGGAACGUGACCGCGGAAUACUACAAGUCUGUUGAAAAAGCAGUGCCUAUAUCUUGGAAUAAUCCUGUACAAGUGUCCAAGAACAUGAAGAAAUUCUUAGACGUGGUUCAUGAAAAAACUGAUGAUUUCAGAGACCUUGUGGAUUCGGUAUGCAAAAAACAAACUGGUGCUCGUACGAAUGACUGCAAUUACUUAGUUGAGUUACUGGUACACGACAACCCUAAAAGGUACGCCGUGCCCGCGGCACUUAUCCUCGAAAUGGAGCCACUUAGUGGAUUCUACCUUCAGAACAGCAUUGUUUUGCAGCAAGCUGCAGACUCAAACGGCAUGAUCCGUUUGUUGUUGAAAGACUAUCCAAACAAAUUUAUAAACAUUCUGCCACAAAUGGGCCUGGUAUUCAGGAAGCUUUUUAAAUAUCCUCCUUGUUAAAUAAAAAUUAUGUUAUUGAAAAUUGAUAUUUACUAUUGGAAACAAAAUUGAAUCCAUUUAUUUUGGCACAAUAAUAAAAAAUUACUAAUUCGGUUUUUAUUUAGAAAUAAAUCGCUGAAAUUAA